AUGUCUUCAUUAGAAACAUUUUUAUUAAUAUAUUUAUUCGGAGUAACCAAAGAACAUGAAGCAAGUUCCACAACUCAAUUUUCUAACAUUUCUUCCACUUCAAUUAAUCCUUCUAAUAACUCUUACAACCCUUCUUCUAACAACUCUUCUAUUCCGACUUCUCUUGAAGCUGCUUCUCCAAAUAAUUCACAAACGAUUGGUACAAUAAUGAAACAAGGAAUACAAUCAUACAUGGAGGCCAAAAAUCUAAGAUUAAAACAAGCGAAUGAUUCAUAUUUUGCCGUCUUGAAAUAUAAUACCCUUUUUAUGUACGACAAUGAAAAUCAAUUGGAUUGUAAAGGUGUAAUAAUAGUGUCAAAUCAUGAUGUGUCAAUGUAUCCGGAAAAUUUACCUGAUAACGAAAUAUUUUUAAAACCUACUUCCAUCAGGUUAAAAAAAAAACAAUCAAUAUAUGCUGAAAUGGAAAAGAUUAAUGAAAACAACAACAAUGAAAACAAUAAUGAUAAUGAUUGUACAACUGAGCCUUUAGUUGGCGACGGUAACAGUAGUAAUAGUAGUAGCAGAUCGGCUAUGGCUACAUGUUAUUAUAUAUUUUGUGAUAGAUGUGUUGAUAAAGAAGAUUGGUUUUUUGCAUUACAAAAAUCCUCAAAACUCCAUUCAAAUUCACCCGGUCCUCAGCCACAAAUAGUAAAAGAUAAAGCAGAGUUUGAUCAACAUGCAAUGACCAAUUUACUAAAAACAAUCAACUCAAAUGAUGAUCACAUAAAAACUCAAUGGUUAAAUGCAACACUAGGAAGAAUAUUUCUUUCAAUCUAUAAAACAAACACAAUCAAAGAAUAUUUCAUCCACAAACUGAAGAAAAAAAUCAAAAGAGUCAAAAAACCAAAUUUCUUAAGUGACAUACAAAUAAAAUCAGUAGAGGUAGGUGAUGGAAUACCUUAUAUUACCAACCCUAAAUUGAAUGGAUUGUCUGAUAAUGGUGAUUUAAGUGUUGAUCUAAACCUGGAUUAUAAUGGUGGAUUUAGGGUGGAAAUAGAAACUGAAGCUAUGAUUUCGGUUACAAGAUUGAGAACCAUUAAAUUGUCGUUUGUUCUUGCAGUGGUCUUGAAAGGUCUGCAAGGUAGAUUGUUGUUGAAAAUCAAACCACCACCAACAAAUAGGAUUUGGUUUGCAAUCAAGUCAAAAAUUCAUGAAAUGAUUAUGGAUACUGUAGUAUUACCCAAUAUGGAGAAUUUGCCAUUUUUCUCAAGUUUUGGAAUGGGUGGAGUUUAUGAAGAAGGGGAAGAAGGCUGUAAGGAAAAUAAUAAUGUAAAAGAAAAAGGAGAGGAAAUGGAUGAAGACAUAUUAAGUACUGCUGAAGGAUCAAAUGAUUCAUGUAGUGGUGAAUCUAAUUUGACCAAGUCUAAUAAUUAUGGAUUUGGAUAUGUUACCAAGCAUUUAAACGGUUUGAUUUAG